UCCAUUUGAAAACUAUUAUAUUUACUUACACUUAUUUAUUGAUAUUCCACUUUAUUCAGUGUUUUUAUCCACUAUUUAUGUCUAAUAUCAACACAAUGAGCCGUAAAGGGCCAGUCUUCGACCCUGGCCUCUGCCGUUGUUGCGGUGGUCUGAAGAAAUGUCGUUUGUUAAAUGUAGAAUACGAAUGGUCGGGACAAAAGGAAGUCUAUUCAGAUAUGUUCGUGGAUUGUUUUGGAUUAUUGCUGUCCCACCUGGAUGGAGAGGCAAUGGACCGUCUCAUAUGUGCUACAUGCGUCACUCGGCUGAGAGAGGCCUGCUCCUUCAGGAAGCAGGUGCUGUGUUGCGAGCAGAAGUUAUUACAGGCAAAAAUACACAUACACGGAGAGACAGAGGAGAAAAUCAACACUGAUGCAUUUGUAAAGGUGGAAAUGAGUGAUGUGAACCCUGAACCAGGAGAGGAUGAUUAUGUGGAUGACAUGGUUGACCACAUAGACGAUGAUCGUCAGAAUAUGAAGAAUGAACUGCUACCAGUGAAGCAAGCAAAUGACAAUGUCACGUCAAAGCAGGCGGCCACUGAGGAGCAUUUGAGAGCAAAACAUGAAAUGUUAGCCAAACUAAACAAGAUGAAGGACAAGCUGAAAAUUAUACAGAAGAGAGACAAAACAAACGCACCAGUACUGCCACCCCUGGUCAGCCACAAGUCGACUGACAAAGAGUUCAAUACGUACCACAACACGCUCACCAUAAUAGAGAACUCGUACGUGUGUCCCUUCUUCACGAUCUUCAGCGACUACCACUGCAUAUACUGUAGAGAGCUGUUCACCGAGUCAGACAAGCUAAUCGAGCAUACGAUGACCCACGAUCCCAGGGAAUACAAGGACGUAGCACUAGAGAAAAAGAUCCCUUUAAUCGACGUAAGCAGAGUCGAUUGUCGACUAUGUCCGGCCAGAAUCGACGAGGUGGAAUCGUUUAAAACACACAUCUCUAUGGUGCACAAUAAAGUGAUAUACGAUGAAGUGGAUACGGAGUUUUUGAAGUUUAAACUGAAGCCGGGCAAAGUGAGUUGCAUAGAGUGCGGCAGUACGUUCAGUUUCUUCCACGCGCUAAAACGACACAUGGCCGAGCACUUCGGCACUCAUAUAUGCGACGUGUGCGGCGCCCACUACUUCGACCAGCACGGCCUCUCCAAUCACAUGAAGACGCACACCCAGAAAGCGGACGAGAUGCACGUUUGCAAACACUGCACCAAGAGUUUCAAGUCCAAACACGGUCUCUACUACCAUAUGACUCACAGGCACAGUACUGUACCUUCGUAUCCCUGCUACAAGUGUGAUGAAGUGUUGUUCUCGUAUUACAAAAGGUACAAACAUAUGAUAGAGGUGCACGGUGAACACAGAUCGUUCCCAUGCGAGAACUGUGACAAGGUAUACAAUAAUAGAAAGACACUGAGGGAGCACAAUAAGAAGAAUCAUUUGAGGAUACUGAAACAUGAGUGUACGGUUUGUGAGAAGAAAUUUUACUUGCCAUCCGCUCUGAAGGACCAUAUGAUGUCGCACACAGGGGAAAGGAACUACAGGUGCGAAUACUGUGCGAAGACAUAUCCGCGUCUGAGGGCGCUCAAGGUGCACCUGCAUUCGCAUGAGAACGCAAAACGUUACAAGUGUACGUUGUGCAAUAAUGCGUAUACGCAGGCGAAUAAUUUGAAAACACAUAUGCGGACGAAGCACCAGGGGUUUGAGGUGAAAGACGAUGAGUGAAUUCCAAUUUAGAGCAUGUUAUUUCUCAUCAAGUGAAAUCACGGUUGAACUUAAGGGGCGUUCAUAGUAUUACGGGGUUUGUAAAACUACGAUGCGAUAAAGGGACGGGAGGGGAGUUCGAACAACUUUACUUACCUUCUUUUUUAUAACACAGGGGGCAAACGAGGUUUCAAAAAUCUUCAAACAUUGUGUUACAUAAUAUUUGAACGUUCCCCUGCUAUAUACGACGCCUCAUAUACCUUAGUGCAGUGAUUCCCAAAGUAUAAUCCAUAGAACCUAGAGGUUACGUAGAAAAAUAUUUAUUUGUGGCUGUUAAAAAAUACCAUAGUUAAGUACAAAUAUUAUAUUAUUUCGAAAUAACACAAAAUAUGUGAUAAGAACUCAUUACUGUUAUGUUAAUUUAAUGGGUGAUAAUGGAAUGGUAACCCCGCCUGCGCUAGUGGGAUACGCUGACGGGCGGGGCACCAGUGAGAGAUGACAGGUGAGGAUGAAAAGGCAGGUCAGUUAGCCCAUCGUGACGAAUUGUACUAGAAUUAACUACGACGGUUUCCAGGGGGAACCGCGUGGAGGUCGACCUGAUAGGGUGUAUUGCUAGCAAUGGGUCAAUUAGCAAAACCCUUUCUCCCUACUGUUAUGUAUGUAGGUAGAUGGUAAACGUGAAUUCAACCCGGACUAUGGCACAGUGCGGAUGGAGCACGGAGGAUUCCGAAAAACGCGGGUAAAGAGCAAUCAGAGGCUACGCGAAUUACAAAUUACAGUGUCUUUUAUUUGAUAUGGAGUUCUAUUAAUUAAAAAGUAUUUAUUUAGUGCC